AUGGGCAAGUUCAUAAAACCUGGGAAAGUAGUGUUGGUCCAGGCCAGACACUACACCGGAUGCUACUCUGGAUGCAAAACCAUCAUUGUGAAGAACAUUGAUGAUGGCACCUUAGAAUGCCCCGUCAGCUGUUCUCUGGUGGCUGGAAUUGACUGUUAUCCUUGCAAGGUGACAGCUGCCAUGGGCAAGAAGAGCACCCAGAGGUCAAAGACCAAGUCUUUUGUGAAAGUUUAUAACUACAAUCACCUCAUGCCCACAAGGCACUCUGUGGAUACCCCCUUGGACAAAACUGUCAUCAACAAGGAUGUCUUCAGAGACCCUGCUCUUAAACACAAGGCCCAAAGGAAGGCCAAAGUCAAAAUCAAAGAGAGGUAA